GCCACUUCACCCGGACACUGCUGCCCUGCCUGAACUCCAGUCGGUCAUUUGCAAUGUCUUAUUGGAUCCGUGUAGCCAGUGCGCUCCUUUUUUUCGUGACUUAUUUAAGCGCAGAAGUCACAGUAACUCAGCCGCUUUCGAGGUCCAUCACUCCGGGGCAGAACUUACAAUUAAGUUGUACCAUGGCUGGCGCCAGUUUGGGGAAUGACAACGUUUACUGGUAUCAGCAGAUUCCUGGAAAUACUCCUCGGCUUUUAGUCUAUUAUUGGUCCAGCAAGAGCAGCCCUGGACGAGGUCCGGGAGUUUCAGAAAGGUUCUCCGGCUCGGUGUCAGGCAACACGGGAACUUUCACAAUAUCCAACGUUCAACCAGAGGAUGCUGCGGACUAUUACUGCGCCAUGUGGAAAAACGGUUUAAUAUUCGGAAAAGGAACGAGGGUGGCUGUUGGCAAUCCUCGGCCUCCAGCCAUAUCGGUUCUGCCGCCUUCAGCGGACGAAGUCAAGGUGAAAGGCACCGCCACCUUGGUGUGUUUGGUGAACGGGUUUAAUCCGGGCGCUGUGGAUAUUGAGUGGACUGUGGACGGCAGCGCGAGAAGGGAUGGCGUUGUGACCAGCCGGGUCCAGCAGGAGACGGACAACACGUUCAGUACGAGCAGUUACCUGACUCUGCAAGCCUCCGACUGGAGCUCACAUGAGUUUUACUCCUGUGUGGUUAAACACGAGACUCAAGCAAACCCGGUUCGGGCAAACAUCGUGAGAUCCGGCUGUAUUUGA